UCGGCGCUGGCCGGCGAUGAUCAGUGCUCUGGCAGUGCCGAGUCCUGCGUGCUGAAUGCCUUGCAGCUGAAGGGUCAGAAGAGCUCCGCACAGGAGAUGUUGGAAGAAGCGGAUGAGGAGGAGCAAGAAGAAGAGGAACGCAGUGAGUGGUUGAAGGACAUCAGCACUAAGACCAAGAACCACUUCAAGCGCAUUUUGGCUCCUCUUCAGAAGCCAAUUGUGGCAAACUACCAGUACCUGACUGAGCUGGAGAAGUUCGUGAACUACACCAUGCAGAAGAUCGAGAAUGCCACCGGCCACGUGGUGAUUUGGAACCGCAAGUCGCUCCUUCAGGAAGACGAGGAGGAGGACCUGGAGGCUACCUGGGGCCGUCGCCGCCGCAGCUCGGGCAAGGACCUUCCUCCACGUGCCCGCUACAUCAACAAGAUCCUCAUCUACCUGGACAAGGAGAUGGAGGCUGUGUGGAACUUCAACACCAUCGUCGACCGAAAGCGGUGGGGUGUCGGCAACACUAUCACCUCCUCGCCAUAUGGCCCUCACGGAGAGCACCCAGAGCGCUGGCGUGCGAACGGCAGCUUCCCCUUCCCGCUCAGGGCUCCCACAUCUCCUGUGUUGAAUGUCAGCAAUUCCCUCAUCAUGCACUUGAAGCCAGAGAAGAGGGAGUACGAGAACAAGGAGUACGAGAACAAGUACGCGCAGCAGCUGGCUGCAGACUAUGCGUCGCUGAUUGAAAACAUCAACGACGCGAGCAAGAAGGGCAACGACCUGCGCGCCCGCCUGUACAAGAUGGACGCUUUUGCCGACAAGUUCAUCAAACUGCCCAGCGGCGUCUGGAACAAGAUUGACGCUAAUCGCUAG